UUUAAUAGACGCUCUCGCCCAGCGACAGAUCAGAUCAGAUCAGAGCUCGACAUCGGCCACUACCUCCAUUUGACAUGGCAAUCAAACUGUUUACCCUCUUGGCUAUUGGCCUGGCCCUGGCCGCCGUCAUCGAUGCUCGUCACGUGUCCGGACACCGCCGCCAUCCGCAGCAGCAGCGCGGCAUCGUUGCCAAGCCCCACCACGGCGCACAGACGCGCGUCUUCCCGGGCGCCGUGGCCAUCAAGAAGCUGGUGCUGCUCAAGUUCAAGAAGAUCGUGCCCAUCUCCCUGAUCCUGCUCAAGUCGAGCAACGACAACGAGGCCGAGCUGGUGCCCGUCUACCCGACCGAUCAGAUACCCGAGAACGUGCAGUUCAUUCCCACGCCCAACGGCAUCUCCGGGCACAAGGAUGUCCAGGCCAUUGCCAUACCCAGCGAACUGCACGAACAGCUGCAGAUCAACGGUCUCUCCAACGUGGAGAACAUCGAGGCUCUGCUCCAGGGUAGCUCCAUCAUCGGCGACAGCGUCCAGUCCGAGGACGGUGCCAGUCCCGUGGGCAACAGCAUUGCCGUCGCCCAGCCCGAGGACGCGCCCCUGGUGCAGAACGACAACGACGACACCCAGCUGCUAGAGGGCGCCACUGUGCCAGCCGUUGGCGAGGUCAGCGCCUCCACCGGCGCCGCCAGCACCCGCCGCCUCUCCAGCAACGAGCUGCUGCGCUCCGGCAUCCGCAAUUCCGCCCAGCUGCAGAAGACCAGCGUCGAGGAGAUUCCCCUGCUGCUCUACUCGGCCACCGAUGGCGGUGCACCCGGCCAGGAGGUCUUCGGCGAGCGUCGCUUCGUGGCCGCCACCCCGGCACGCCGUCGCCACCACCAGUUCUACAACUAA